GGCCCGCGAAGUCCCGACGGCGGCCGAGACCGCGGCCCCGCCCCGCCCCGCCCACAGCCCGCGGCCCGCGGCCGCCUCACGAAUCCCGCGACGUCCUCUGGGCGCGGGGUUCGCGGCCCGGACGGCGCCCGUCAUCCCUCCGCGUCACGUGGGGGUCGGGGGUGGUCGGCGGGGGGCGGGCGCGGGCGGCGGGGGCGGGGGCGUGAGGGGCGGGCCGGGCGGAGCGGAGCCGAGGGACGCGCGGGCCGGGGCGAGGUGAGGGCGGUCUCCGCGGGGCGCGCCUCCCGCCGCGCCGAGCGCCCCGAGCUUCGCCCCGGAGCCUGUUCUCGGAGCAGCCGGGGGCGGCCGCUAACGUCGACCGGGCGGGCACGGCCGCCCCGAGGUUUGCCCGGGGGCGCUUGUCCUCCGGCGGAGAGGGACCGUUGGAGCAGCUCCGGACCGCGACGGCCACUCCGGAGCUGUUGACGUGAAUGGCGACGAUGGAUAUGCAGAUGUUGACAUUAAAAUUGUAACUUUCCGUGUGCCUCCGCUGCCUGCGCCGGCAGAGAUGGUGUUUGCGAGUUUCCUGCGAACAUUGGGCUUUGGGACGUCAAAAAUGCCACCUGCCAGUUCAAGUAGUGCGCAGUUGCCUGAUGAUAGUUAACUAUUUGAAGUGUUUUCUCUGCGUUUGAGUGGAAGGCUUGCUAGAAUGCGGUUAACGCCGGUUCUGAUGGAAUCGAACGAGCGGCCCCGGGCCCUGGCGCCACGAGGCGCCCGCGGCGGGAGCUGGGCCGGUGGGCCACACAGGGCUGAUGGGGGCUGCGCACGGCCGGGGGUGGGGGGGACCGCGAGUAAAAGUGGAGGUGACGAGAGCAGGCUCCGCUCUGGUCCGAGGAAAGAUUCAAAAAUGUUUCAAAUUCCUGUGGAAAAUCUUGACAACAUCAGGAAGGUACGAAGAAAGGUGAAAGGCAUUCUUGUGGAUAUUGGGCUUGACAGCUGCAAGGAGUUGCUGAAGGACCUUAAAGGCUUUGAUCCAGGAGAGAAGUACUUUUUUAACACAUCAUGGGGAGAUAUUUCUCUCUGGGAACCUUCUGGAAAGAAAGUGAGAUAUCGAACAAAGCCAUACUGUUGUAGCCUCUGUAAAUACUCUACAAAAGUGCUUACUUCAUUCAAAAAUCAUUUACAUCGCUACCAUGAAGACGAAAUUGAUCAAGAGCUGGUGAUCCCUUGCCCAAACUGUGUAUUUUCCUCUCAACCCAAAGUUGUGGGAAGGCACUUCAGAAUGUUUCAUGCACCUGUCCGGAAAGUCCAGAACUACACAGUGAAUAUUUUAGGUGAACCUAAGUCUUCUAGGAGUGAUGUGAUAAGUUUUACAUGUUUAAAAUGUAACUUUUCAAACACUUUGUACUACAGUAUGAAGAAGCAUGUGCUGGUAGCCCAUUUUCACUACUUAAUUAACUCCUACUUUGGCCUGCGAACUGAGGAAACGGGUGAGCAACCGAAAACCGACGAAAGUCUUUCUACUGAGAAGAUGCCACCGUCUGACAAGUACUAUUGUAAAAAGUGCAACGCCAAUGCCAGCAGCCAGGAUGCUUUAAUGUACCAUAUUUUGACUUCAGAUAUACACAGGGAUUUGGAAAAUAAACUCAGAUCUGUGAUCUCAGAACAUAUUAAGAAGCCCGGCCUUUUGAAGCAGAUGCACAUUGCUCCAAAGCCAGCGGCACCCUUGGCCGUGCCCCCAAACGGCGGAGCUCCGGGCAUCGCAGCUACAUCUCCCUGCUUUCGUCUUGCCUUGCCACAGAACAGCCAAAGCCAGACCGUCGUGCAGCCAGUGCAGGGCGCAGUCCAGCCAGUGACUGUGGCCUCAGGCACUUCUGGAAGCCUCACCCACUCUCCGCCUGCUGUUGCCCAGUCCCACGUGACCCUGGUCUCCAGUCCUCUGCCGGUGGGCCAGAGCAACCUCCCUCUGCCGCCCUCAGCCCCGCAGCCUGUCUUUCUUUCUCAUGGAGUCCCGCUUAAUCAGUCUGCAAAUCCUCCUGUGUUGCCCUUGAGUCAGCCAGUCGGACCUAUCAAUAAGUCUGUUGCAACUGGUGUCCUCCCCUUAAACCAGACCAUCCGCCCAGGGGCUGUAUCCCUUAGCCAGCCAGUCGGGCCCAUAAACAGACCAGUUGGGCCUGGAGUUCUUUCAGUAAACAGACCUGCUGGGCCUGGAGUUCUUCCUGUCAGUCCGUCCGUCACUCCCGGGGUUCUUCAGGCCGUCUCACCAGGGGUGAUUUCUGUGAGCCGGACAGUCCCGUCAGGGGUCCUGCCUGCAGGCCAGAUGACCCCUGCCGGGGUCAUCCCUUCGGGACAGACGGCAACUUCUGGGGUGCUUCCUGCGGGCCAGAUGGUCCAGUCAGGGGUUCUCCCCAUUGGCCAGACGGCCCCAUCGGGGGUUCUCCCCGCUGGGCUGACGGCUCCCUCGCGGGUUCUGUCUGCGGGCCAGACGGUCCCGCUGAGGGUUUUGCCUGCAGGCCAGGUCGUCCCACCGGGGCUCCUUUCUCCCAACCAGACGGUCUCGUCGGGUGUUCUCCCUGUGAACCAGGGUAUUAAUUCCGGUGUUCUGCAGCUCAGCCAGCCUGUCAUGUCAGGAGUGCUCCCUGUGGGCCAGCCAGUGAGGCCUGGCGUCCUGCAACUGAAUCAGCCUGUGAGCACCAACAUCCUGCCUGCAGGUCAGCCAGUUAGACCUGGCGCUUCUCAGAACACCACUUUCCUCACGUCAGGCUCUAUUCUCAGACAGCUGAUACCUACAGGGAAACAGGUGAAUGGGAUUCCCACGUACACACUUGCCCCCGUAUCUGUCACUUUGCCUGUGCCUCCAGGAGGUGUUGCAACUGUGCCCCCACCCCAGGUGCCCAUCCAGCUCCUGCAGUCGGGCACAGCUGCGCAGAUGGCCAGUUCCAUGGCCAGCAUGCCCUCUCCUCCAGUGGUGGUGAAUGCCACUCAGAAUAUGUUUGUUCAGGCGUCUCCAUCUGUGGCAGAGGCCAGUCAGGCGCUCAAACAGGCGAAGCAGUGGAAAACCUGUCCGGUCUGUAAUGAGCUCUUCCCUUCCAAUGUCUACCAGGUUCAUAUGGAAGUGGCUCAUAAGCAUAGUGAGUCCAAAUCUGCUGAGAAACUGGAGCCUGAAAAGCUGGCAGCGUGUGCGCCGUUUUUGAAGUGGAUGAGAGAGAAAACCGUUCGCUGUCUCUCUUGUAAGUGCUUGGUGUCCGAGGAGGAGCUCAUCCAUCACUUGCUCAUGCACGGCCUGGGGUGCUUGUUCUGUCCGUGCACUUUUCAUGACAUUAAAGGUCUUUCGGAGCACAGUAGGACUGUGCACCGAGGGAAGAAGAAGUUACCUGUGGAUUAUAGUAACAAAGGUUUUCAAUUGGAUAUCGAUGCUAAUGGCAACCUGCUGUUUCCCCAUCUUGACUUCAUUACCAUAUUGCCAAAGGAGGAGCUUGGGGAGCGGGAAGUCUACUUGGCGAUACUGGCGGGGAUACACUCCAAGUCACUGGUGCCUGUGUAUAUAAAGGUGAGGCCCCAGACGGAGGGCGCCUCUGGGAGCCCCAGCAAACAGGCUCUGACUUGCCCCUUUUGCUUUGGCACCUUUGUGACGACGGAGGCGUACGAGCUGCAUUUGAAGGAGAGGCACCACAUCACGCCAACGGUCCACACCAUCCUGAAGUCUCCGGCCUUCAAGUGCAUCCACUGCUGUGGGGUCUACACGGGCAACAUGACCCUGGCAGCCAUCGCCAUCCACCUGCUGCGCUGCAGGAGUGCCCCAAAGGACAGCAGCUCAGACCUCCAGAUCCAGCCUAGUUUUAUUGAGAACAGCGAGCUGCUCUUGGUGAAUGGGGAGGUGAUCCACGACUCCAGUUUUUCUGUGAAGAGGAAGCUGCCCGAUGGCCACUUUGGGACAGAAGACCAGAGGGACGUGGAGGAGCGGCCCCUCGUCAUAAACACCGACGCAGCCCCGGCUCCCGAAAAGGUGACGAGUGCGGUGCCUUUUAAAAGACAAAGGAAUGAAAUCAGGACAGAGGGACCACUCGUUAGUGAGGAUGCCCUUCAGAUUUUAGCAUUAAAUCCUAAAAAAUAUGAAGACCGUUCUUACGAGGAAAAAAAGCAAUUUCUUAGAGAUUAUUUCCACAAGAGACCAUAUCCUAGUAAAAAGGAAAUAGAACUUCUUUCCUCACUCUUGUGGGUGUGGAAAAUUGAUGUGGCUUCAUUUUUUGGAAAAAGAAGAUACAUUUGCAUGAAAGCAAUAAAAAAUCACAAGCCUUCUGUGCUUUUAGGCUUUGAUAUGUCUGAACUUAAAAAUGUUAAACAUAGGUUGAACUUUGAGUUUGAGCCACAAAACUUGUAAAAAAAAAAAAAUAGGAAAUCUGAAGUACUAGAUAUUUAGUAGUUUUUUCAAUUGAGAUUUAAAAAAAUGUUAUUUUCUUCACUGUAUGUUGAACUAAUCAAUUUCAGUGGUCUUUAUGCUGCUCUUUAGAUUUAUUUCAGGUGCUCAGAAAGACUUCUAUAUAAAAGAAGUGAAUAGUUGUUUCGGAUUUAUUGUUUCCUGCAGUUUGAUUUUGUAACAAUUAUUUUUAGUUCUUCCCUGUCAUGUAAAUUAAAUCCUUGGCUCUUUCAUGCA